AGAUUAUGUUUCGGUCCUCAGAAUCACAGAAGGAUGGGGAUGAGGGACCUGUAUACGUGCGUGAGAAGGGUCGGCUGUACCUGGCAGGUUUGCAGCCCUCAAAUGUGAAGUCUUGUCCCCCUCGCCUCUUCUCCAAAGGUUUUUCUGUGGAGCUGUGUGUCAAGGAAGAAGAUAACUGUAAACCCAAAGAAAAGCCAUUUAUCUUCACAUACACAGAGGAGGGCAGCUUGCGUUAUUCUGCCAAGUCUCUCUUCACCUUGGCUCUGGAUCUCAUUGCUGAUAACAUUCAGUAUGUCGACUCCUUGCUGGGUUUUCCUGAACAGAUUGCAGAGAGGCUGUUCACUGCUGCAGAAUCCAGGCAACAGUUCUCCAAACCACACAGCGGCCUUGUGGCCCUUUGCAAAUUUACUGAGGCCUAUGGGGGCCUGAUGCUGUCUUCACUGUGUCUGCGGGGCAAGUACCUUCUAGUGUCUGAGAAGCUGGAAGAGAUUAAGUCAUUUCGAGAUCUAUGCAGUUUGGACUUGUCAUGUUGUAAAUUAGGGGAUGAUCAUGAAUUGCUGCAACAUAUUGCCUCUGACACCCUGAACAGCUUGAGAAAUCUAUACUUAAAGGAUAAUUGCCUGUCUGAUGUUGGGAUUAGGAAAAUGACAGCUCCAGUGAGGAUCCUACACAGAGGACUGGGAAGCCUAACAUUGAUGGAUCUUUCUUGUAACCCAGGACUCACAGACGUGGGGCUCAAAUUCCUGUAUGUUUUUAAACAGCUCCAGUUCUUGGACAUAUCUGAUACAGGUGUGCAGGUAAGUGUUUUAUUAUCAACUUCAGUCCCAGAGCACUCUUCCCCACACAAGGCCAGAGUGCUUUGGAGAUAUAUUGGAGAUGUUUCUUUUACACCCUGGAACUGUAGAAACACUCAAGGAGAAAUGCGUAUCUAA